CAUCUCGAUAACAUACCGGCGCGAGAUAUUUUUUCUCACUGAUUGAAAAAUACAUACCACAAAUAUACACUGAUAUGCAUUAAUAAUCAUCAUAAUAAUGACUGCGCAAAAGAUUCUUAUCUGUCCUUAUUGCGACUGUUUAUUGCAUUAAGUAAACAUUUACACAGUAUUGUAUUUUGUGCGAGAUACACGGUUCUGUAUUCUCUUUAAUGUUCUCAAAUACUCUUUAAUAUCAGACGUGAGAAAGAAAGCUCUUCGUAUUUAACAUGUCAAAACAAGCACAUAUUCUGCAUGGGAAAGGAGAAUUGAUGACAGAACUUGAUUUCUCGGUGGGGCAAUUAUUAUUAAGACAACUCACAAUACAUGAUACUCGUGUGGCACAAAUAGAUGCCCACACAGGCAAGGAACAAACAUUUAAACAUAUUUUAGAUAAUAGCCGAAAAUUGGCAAUCUACCUUCGAAAAGAAGGACUGAAAGUGAAUGAUACCGUAGCUGUAUGUAGUGAAAACAAUCUGGAAUUCUGUAUUCCAGUGUGUGCUAUAUUUUAUCUGGGUGCUGUUGUCUGUCCAUUAAACCCAUUAUAUUCCAAAGGAGAAUUAAAACAUGCACUUAGCAUUACGAAACCAAAGUAUAUUUUUAUUUCUGUGAUAGCACUUAAUAACAUGAAAAGUAUAUUUAAAGAGUUACAUUGGUCGCCAAGAGUGUUACUGUUAAACGAUUAUGAUAAUACUGACAUACCAUGGAUGAGCAUGUAUAAAGCAGUAUCAAGUGUCUCUGAUGAAAAUAAAGAUAAGUUCCAAGCUGUUCCUGUUGAUGUAAAUAAUCAUGUAACAGCAAUUUUAUGCUCGAGUGGAACUACAGGAUUGCCAAAAGGUGUUAUGUGGACAGAUAAAAAUAUUACUACAAUCAUACGCAUGUAUAUUAGCAACCCAUUUCUUGCAAAUGCUAUCUCUUUGGCAUUGCUCCCAUUUUUCCACGCAUAUUCGUUCGCCUUGUUGGUGAUAAGAUUGAUAGGUGGAAACAGUGGUAUAGUGUUUUCACGCUUUGAAGAAAAAUUAUUUCUACAAUCAAUAGAAAAAUAUAAAAUUGAAUAUUUAACGAUAGUACCACCAAUUAUGGUAUUCCUAGCUAAACAUCCACUUGUGGACAAAUAUGAUCUAUCUUCCAUUAAAAAAAUAUGGUGUGGAGCUGCUCCAUUGUCACAGGAAACUCAGAGAGCUGUCGCCAAGCGAUUAAAUAUAUCCGAAAUUACACAGGGCUAUGGUUUAACGGAAACUACUUUAGCUGUGCUACGAUUUCCAGAUAAUACAGCAGUAAAAUUUGGUAGUGUCGGCAUGUUAGUUGCAGGUGUAUCAGCAAAGAUAAUACCACUUGGAGAAUAUGAGACGGAUGAAACUUUGGGACCGAAUUGUGAAGGAGAGUUAUGUUUCAAGGGAGACCUAAUAAUGAAAGGCUACUAUAAUGACGAAAAAUCCACUAGAGCGACGAUUGAUAAGGAUGGUUGGUUACAUACAGGAGAUGUGGGAUACUAUGACGAAGAAGGGUAUUUUUAUAUCGUCGAUCGUAUAAAAGAACUUAUUAAAUAUAAAGGCUAUCAGGUCCCACCAGCUGAGCUCGAAGCGAUUUUGUUGACUUAUCCUGGCAUAAAAGACGCGGCCGUAAUUGGCAUUCCGAAUGAAGAAGCUGGAGAACUACCAAUGGCAUUUGUUGUCAAACAAGAGAAUUCCAAUGUACGUGAGGAAGAUAUAAUCCAAUAUGUGAAUGAACGUGUAUCCAAUCCUAAGCGACUUAGGGGCGGCAUAAAAUUUGUGGAUAGUAUUCCAAAAACUCCAUCUGGUAAAAUAUUACGUCGAGUAUUGCGCCAUACGUUAAAAUCAAAAUUAUAAACUUGUUAAACGUCAAUCUUUCAUACUUAUUAUGAUUUUGAUUAUUUUUAUGAAGAUUAUAAUAAUAAUAUAUAACUUCCUUCUCUAUAAUGAGUAACUAAAUAUGGUGUAAGUAUAUGAUAAUGAGAUUUACUUAUUUAUUACCAAGCGUUUAAAUCAUAAUGCAAAACUGAGUCUGUAUAAAAUAUCCAGCAAAAUUUAGAGAUUAUUAUUUACAUCGACUUUUUUACAGGUUUAUUUUCUGCAUGUACACGAUUUAAAAUGCUCUUAAAGUUGUCUAACAAAAUUUGCUUUUUUUCUGUACAUGCUCGUGAGAAACCAAUACUCUUCAAUUUUUAAUAUUAUAUAAAUUUUAUACAAGCCAUGUGUGUGCUUUGAACUUUUGCAAAAUAUCUGCGUAUUUUGUAGACGUACUAUUAUUAUAUUUUAUAUUUACCAAAAAAUAAAUAAUUAUUUUUAUUUUACAUAACUUUAUUACAAUUAAAUAGAAAUGUAUAUCUGUGCAGCAAAUAAUGUGUGUUUUGAUACAAUAGUAUGAGUUAUUGCAUACAAAUUAGCUAGUAUGAUAUAUUGGAAAACUAGUUAUAAUUCUUUUCUCUUAUACUAUAUAUACAUUGCGCAUCUCUAUUUAAAAGGGACUUACAAAAAUAUUAGAGCUCCAGCAGAUUGAAUAUAAUGCACAAAUAUCUGCCUAAUAUUAUUUUUUUCAAGCUUGUUACUAUAUAAUUCUAUAAUAAAAAAAAAAUUAACAGUUUUUGUUUUAAGAACUUCUACAAUAACAAUGCAACAAAUACAAUUUAGACGUAGAGUAAGAGAAUGGUUUUGAUCAGAAAAAAGUGGAAAGAUAAGACAUAACAAUAAUGUCAUCCAAAAUAAAAAAAUAUUUGUAUAUUGAAUUAAUUUUAAUAAGUGGCAAUGUGUGAAAUAAUAAAUAGAAAAUUUAAAUGUUGACCUCUUAUUAAGUUUUGAUGUCUCUAUUGGUAAUUUUAUUUAAAAAUAUAAAAUUAAAAAAAGAGAAGAGAUUCAUACAGCGAUGAUAAAUCAUUUUAUAUGUAUGACAUGUAUUUUUCAUAUUUUUCCUUAUUAAUUAAAGCAACAUCCUUUAUCAUGUAAUUAAGAGAUAAUAAUAUCUGUUAAGAAUCGAAAUUGAUAAAGCAUGUAUUCUUGAUACACAACGUUUCAUCUGAAUAAUGACAAGAAAAAUAUUAUAAUAUUACAACCAAGGUAAAUUCGAUCUUAUAAUCGGGGAAUAUUGUACGAUCUUAAUCGAGGCACUGUAUGUAUAUUACUCUAGAAGAGACUAUUUUAUAUAUAAAUACAAAAUUAUGCACUCUCUAUUAUGUAUAUCAUAUAUACAGAGAAAAGAAAAGUACAUAUAAACGGGAAGUUUAGAAGUUUCAGAAAAAUCGGAACUGAAUCUAUUACAAAAUUUACAUGCUCCCAUCUGAUGUAUUUUUAGAAUGUCUAUGAAAAUCAACUGAAUAAAGUAAGUUAUUUCG